CGGGGCGUGGGGGUCUCGGUCAGGGUUAUAUGAAGUGACUCUCCCGGCAUUCAGCGCACAGUCCUCCGCGAGGCGUCAGGAUACGAGGCAGCCACUUAAGGGUCACUCCCUGCGCUCUUCCUGAGUUGUACUUCACCAAUACGCUUCAAAAGCACACAGCAAUGAGUGGAAGGCGCGUACUGCUGCUGGCUGUGGCGGUGGCCGUGGUUGUGACGGUGGUGACGGCAAGUACUAAGGCAAGUUUUGCUGAAUGCACCCACAAUGACGACUGCGGACCACUUUCAUGUUGUCUCUUAGGGCGCAUGAGGUACAGCAUCCCUUCUUGCGCUCCACUCGGGACUGUUGGAUCAUACUGCUACUCCAACUCCCAGCCUUCCUCCCACGGCCUACACUACCCUGGCGACGUCUACCUGGAGCUUGAAGCGGCGCACCUCGGCAUGUGUCCCUGCGAGCCUGGCCUCGUCUGCUACAGGGGCAUGUGUCAACUAGAACAUGAAGUUCCCAGCCAAAGCCGUGAGCACAACAGUGUUUCCUUGGAAAACUAGUAGCUAUGGGAACUUGCCACCACACGCUAUGUUAUUCAUUAGUGUCAUGGUUCUUUCAUACUAUGAUUUCUGACGUUCUUAAUAUUAUAAGCUCAAGUUGUUAGAGGCGUGGGUCAUGUCAAAUGCCUCACGCCGGCCGGGCAGGGCAUUGCUUCCUUGGAAAUGUUGCACUGUUAGUUAGGAUGACUCGUCCUAUUUGAUUAACUGUUCCUCGGGGUGUGUCUCUCUUCUUCUUCCUCCUCCUCCUCUUCUUUCUCUCUAUUCAUUUGCUUCACAGUGGCUGCCCUUUUUAAAAAUGCCAGUUAUCUACAACAGUUGUAAAUUUCAUAAGACAUUUCCAACGUUGCGCAUACCUUCGUGUUUACUUUCAGAUUAGGAAAGGUGAGGUCAAACCCAAGAUGGCCACCAGUCAAACACGCUCAUGGUAAAGCUAAUCUUGUGUGACUGACAGAGUGCGGUCAGGACGUGUGUACAGCGAUGCCAUGCACUAUUCCAAAACUACGCGAUGUAACUUCUGUGAUAUAAUGUAACAGGCAUUAUAAAUAAUAUAUAUAUAUAUAUAUAUAUAUAUAUAUAUAUAUAUAUAUAUAUAUAUAUAUAUAUAUAUAUAUAUAUAUAUAUAGGUAGAUAGAUAAUAAAUAUAGAUUUGACAUAAAUGUUGUAAUAUCCUCCAGAAGUGAAGGGUGCUCUAUAACAGUGGUAUCAAGAGAUGACCGGCUGUCACUGUGUUCACUGUAGGCUGCAGUGCAAGUGUGCCAGAACUGCACCCACUGCAAUGCACUGUCUCUGCUCCAAACACUUGCAUGUUGAUCGUUCCCAGUAAGGAAUUCCAACAACAGGAUAUUUCAUUUUCACUAAGUCAUUUGUCCCUGGCCUUGUCUUCCAUCUGAAUGCCAGUCUAUAACUUAAGAUGACCACAAGUUGCUAAACUAAUGAACACCUUACAAUUAUUUUUGCAUUGCACAUUGCAAGGUUUA